AUGUCAUAUUAUAAUAGAGGAAGAAAUAACACUACUCCAUGUAAAUAUUUCCAGAACGGUACCUGUAAUAAAGGCUCAUCGUGUAGGUUUGCACACGUAUACCAAAACAAUAGCAAGCAUAAUAAUAAUAAUAAUAAUAAUAAUAAUAAUAAUAACGGUACCUCCAGAUAUGGAGGAAGUUCUAGUAAUGAUCAAAAUAGUAAAGGCAGAUCAGAUGCUGAGAAAUUGAAUGAUUUCAAAAACGAAUCAAGACAAAAUGAAAUACAGAAAAUUAUUAAUUUCGAUAUGAACGAAUCAAAACAGUUUCAAGUUAAACCUUUAACUUCUACAUACAGUUAUGAGUUGCCAUGUAUGCUGAAUUUAAUAAACGGAAGAGAUUAUUCUGCUGAGGAAUCACGUUUUAAAUAUUAUCAAGCUCAAAAAGAUGGAACAUCUAACGCAUACCAAACAGAAAUGACUGCAAGAGAAAAUGAUAUGCAAAAGGCUAUUAUGCAUGUAUCAGCUCACCCUGAUUGGGCUGCAAGAUAUCUUUCAAAAGGUACAAAAGAGUUAAGCGAAACAGGAAAGACUUCAUUUGCUUCGGAGUUCAUCAAUUUUCCUUUAGAUCUGAUAGGCCAGUCAUAUGGAAGUUCAGCAUAUGGAACUACUAGUGCAGCAUUUGGCAGCAGUAGCCAAGCUUUUGGCAAUGCUAAUCUAGCAUUUGGAAGUACUAAUUUAGCAUUUGGAGGUACUAAUUCCGCAUUUGGAAACAGCAAUUCCGCAUUUGGUAAUAAUACAAAUGCAACGACAUCUGGAGUAUUUGGAGCGCCAGUAUUUGGAGCUUCCAAUAAUACAGUAUCUGCAUUUGGUGCAACUCAAACCAAUCCAUCAUCAUCUGUCAGCGCUUUUGGCUCAAGUCCAUUCGGUGCUUCAGCCCAUACAUUAUCGAAUUCGGGUACUACUGGAUCUGCAUUUGGACAACCUACCUUUGGAAAUAGUUCAAAGACAGGUACCAGUGCUUUUGGAACUCCUGCAUUUAGUAGCACAAGCCAGCCAACCAGUACUGCAUUUGGAAGUCCAGCCUUUGGCUCAAUGACGGAUAGGAACAAGGCUACUUUUGGUAAUCAACUCGGCACAUCAAAUAACCCAUUAAAUUCUGCAUUUGGUGCAUCACCAUUUAGUAAUAAUACGAGCGCUAAUCCGUUUGGAUCUACGCAGCAAGCAGCCACCUCCGGAACAAGUGUAUUUGGUGCACCAGCAUUUGGCACAUCAGCAGCAACCGGGAAAUCACCUUUUGGAUCUAUACAACAGACUUCUACUCCGCCUUUUGGACAGGCUGCUCAUAAUAAUAAUCCACUGUUACCUUCAGCAAAUGGACAACAAACAAAUAAUAAUGAUGUAUUUGGAAAUACAGCAUCCUCUAUGUCUACUAAUUUAAACAGCAAUAACUUAAGUGAUAGCUUGAAGAAUAACCAAGUUAUAACUAAUAGUUUUGGGAGUAAUCAAGGAAACCAAAUUGCUAAUACAUUUGAUAGUGCUUCAACAAAUUCAUUAUUUGGUUCUCAGACCACACAAAACAAUAGUCAAGGCGGAUUUCCUUCCAAUGGUUUUCAAAAUGUAGGAUCAGCUUUUGGCAGGAAUGCAGCAUCUGGUGUUUUUAAUAACAACAUUAGUAACUCUAAUCUGAGACAAGGUCCUCCUACGGAAGAUGAUCGAAAAACACCUGACGAAUUGUUACCGGAGACAUUAAACCAGUUCCAGGCAGAAUCGUUCACUCUCGGAAAGGUUCCAGAUAUACCACCACCUCUUUCAUUAUGUACAUAG